GCCGGGGAGGCGGAGCCAGCGGCAGCCGAAGCUCCCGGCCCCCGCGCGCCUCCCGGACUGGAGCUGAGAUCCCGGCGCGCCCAGGUUCCUUCUCAGAGCCAGCUGGAGUCUGUGCUUGGCUGCUUAGGGGAGUGGGGGGCACAGCUAGAAGGAGCCGGAGGAAUCCACAGGCAGAGCUCCAGAUCUGACCAGCACAGACAUGCCGGUGCUGUCUGAGGACUCCGGCUUGCAUGAAACCCUGGCGCUGCUGACCUCUCAGCUCAGACCUGACUCCAACCACAAGGAAGAGAUGGGCUUCCUGAGGGAUGUUUUCAGUGAAAAAAGCCUCAGUUAUUUAAUGAAGAUUCACGAGAAGCUUCGCUAUUACGAGAGGCAAAGUCCAACCCCUGUUCUGCACAGCGCCGUGGCCCUGGCGGAGGAUGUGAUGGAGGAGCUGCAGGCCGCCUCCGUGCACAGCGAUGAGAGGGAGCUGCUCCAGCUGCUGUCCACCCCCCACCUCAGGGCCAUGCUCAUGGUACACGACACUGUCGCCCAGAAGAAUUUCGACCCCGUUCUGCCCCCUCUGCCCGAUCAUAUCGCUGAGGAUUUUGACGAAGAAUCAGUGAAGAUUGUCCGUCUGGUGAAAAACAAGGAACCUCUGGGGGCCACCAUCCGGCGGGACGAGCACUCGGGGGCUGUCGUGGUGGCCAGGAUCAUGCGAGGGGGCGCAGCAGACCGGAGCGGCCUGGUCCACGUUGGAGAUGAGCUCCGGGAGGUGAACGGGGUCACAGUCCUCCACAAGCGGCCCGAUGAGAUUAGCCAGAUUCUGGCCCAGUCCCAGGGAUCCAUCACCCUGAAAAUCAUCCCAGCCACCCAAGAGGAGGACCGCUUGAAGGACAGCAAGGUGUUCAUGCGGGCUCUCUUCCACUACGACCCCCGGGAAGACCGGGCCAUUCCCUGCCAGGAGGCAGGGCUGCCCUUCCAGCGCAGGCAGGUCCUGGAGGUGGUGAGCCAGGAUGACCCCACGUGGUGGCAAGCCAAGCGAGUGGGGGACACCAACCUUCGAGCUGGCCUCAUCCCCUCCAAGCAGUUCCAGGAAAGGCGACUAAGCUACUGGAGAGCCACGGGCACCCUGCCGAGCCCCCAAAGCCUCAAGAAGCCGCCCUAUGAUCAGCCUUGUGACAAAGAGACCUGUGACUGUGAGGGCUAUUUCAAGGGACACUAUGUCGCUGGUCUUCGGAGGAGCUUCCGGCUGGGCCGCAGGGAGAGACUGGGAAGCCCACAGGAAGGAAAGAUGUCCUCCGUAGCUGAGCCUCUGGAGCUGCCUACCUAUGAGGAGGUGACCAGAUACCAGCACCAGCCUGGUGAGCGGCCCCGCCUGGUGGUUCUGAUCGGGUCCCUGGGAGCCCGGCUGCAUGAGCUGAAGCAGAAGGUGGUGGCAGAGAACCCACAGCACUUUGGUGUUGCUGUUCCACAUACCACCAGGCCCCGGAAGAGCCAUGAGAAGGAGGGGGUAGAAUAUCACUUCAUCUCGAAGCAAGCGUUCGAGGCCGACUUGCAUCACAACAAGUUCCUGGAGCACGGUGAAUAUAAGGAAAACCUCUAUGGAACCAGCCUGGAAGCCAUUCAGGUUGUGAUGGCCAAAAACAAAGUUUGUUUGGUGGACGUGGAGCCAGAUGCACUGCAACACCUGAGGACCUCAGAGUUUAAACCGUAUGUUAUAUUUGUAAAGCCUGCAAUUCAGGAAAAACGGAAGACGCCACCCAUGUCCCCAGCUUGUGAGGAUGCAGCAGCCCCACUUGAUGCGGAGCAGCAAGAGAUGGCCGCUUCCGCUGCCUUCAUAGAUCAGCAUUACGGGCACUGGGUGGAUGCCGUGCUGGUGAAGGAGGACCUCCAGACUGCACACAGCCAGCUCAGAGCGCUCUUAGAGAAGCUGAGCAAGGACACUCACUGGGUACCUAUUAGUUGGGUCAGGUAACUGCAUCCUAGAGCAUCCAAGUUGGCGGGGACCUGGAAGACCAGCCGGUCCAGCCUCCCCCUUGUUAACAUCAAGGAAUCUCCAGUGAAGGAGACAGAAUUUUCCAUAAACUCCAUCAGCAAGAAGAGUAUUUGUGGGAAGUCUUGUUUGUCCUUGGUUUUCGUCUGUGGUUUUUCCCUGCACCCCUCCAGAGCAGAAACAUGAGUCAAAAGGGGGCUUAGCACGACAUAAGACAUGUCAUUCAUUAAAGCAUCACAGGCAA